AUGGUGAAAGAAAAGAAAAAAGCAGACAAAAAAGGAGAUAAGUCUGUCCGCUCUCCCUCGUCUUUGUCUGACUAUCCAGAGUUUUCCAAACAAGAUGGCAACACCACCAGGCAGGAAAUGUCCCCAGGUGGUGUCCCACUAUUGGAAAUGCAGCUCCACGAAACGGAACUCCAAAAAGAACCUGAAAACAUUCAGCAGGAGGAAGAUGCCACUCAACAAUAUGAAGAGCCCAUUCUGACCAAACUCAUAGUGGAAAGCUAUGAAGGGGAAAAAGUUCAUGGGCUGUACGAGGGAGUAGGCUUCGCCGUCUUUCAAGGAGGUAGCACCUACCACGGUAUGUUUUCAGAAGGACUCAUGCAUGGACAAGGGACUUAUAUUUGGGCCAAUGGAUUAAAAUACGAGGGGGAAUUUGUGAAGAACAUCCCCAUGAACCACGGCGUGUACACGUGGCCGGAUGGCAGCAUGUACGAAGGCGAAGUGAUGAACGGCAUGAGGAACGGCUUCGGCAUGUUCAAGUGCAGCACCCAGCCUGUGUCCUACAUCGGCCACUGGUGCCACGGCAAGAGACAUGGGAAGGGCUCCAUUUAUUAUAAUCAAGAGGGCAUCUCUUGGUACGAGGGAGACUGGGUUCACAACAUCAGAAGGGGCUGGGGAAUAAGAUGUUACAAAUCUGGAAAUAUAUAUGAAGGCCAGUGGGAAGACAAUAUGCGCCACGGGGAAGGAAGGAUGAGGUGGCUGACAACCAAUGAGGAGUACACCGGCCGGUGGGAGAGAGGGGUCCAGAAUGGUUUUGGAACACACACAUGGUUUCUAAAGAGAAUCCCCAACUCCCAGUAUCCUUUGAGAAAUGAAUACGUAGGAGAGUUUGUAAAUGGCUGUCGUCAUGGACAUGGCAGGUUUUAUUAUGCCAGUGGAGCCAUGUAUGAGGGAGAGUGGGUUUCCAAUAAAAAACAUGGCAUGGGCCGAUUAACUUUUAAGAACGGGCGUGUGUAUGAAGGUCUGUUUUCCAAUGACCACAUAGCAGAGUUUCCAGAUCUCGAAGUUGAAUUCAUAAGUUACCUGGACCUGUGUUCGGAGGUUUCCCAAAGGGGAAGGCCACACGGAUCUUCCAUGAAUGCCGAAAUCAUCAGGAAGCUCGAUGGCAGUGAGAGCCAUUCUGUGCUGGGCUCGAGCAUCGAGCUGGAUCUAAACCUGUUGCUGGACAUGUAUCCUAAGGCAGACCAACCAGAAGAAAAGAAGCAGGCAGAAUAUGCUAUCUUAAGAAAUAUUACAGAAUUAAGAAGAAUCUAUAGCUUUUAUAGCAGCCUAGGAUGUGAUCACUCUCUGGAUAACACCUUUCUGAUGACAAAGCUUCACUUCUGGAGAUUUCUAAAAGAUUGCAAAUUUCAUCACCACAAAAUAACUCUUGCUGAUAUGGACAGGAUAUUAAGUACCAAUAAGGACAUACCAGUUGAGGACAUUCAUUGUCCAUUUACAACGAUACUUCUGAGAACAUUUCUGAACUAUCUCCUGCAGUUGGCUCACCACAUUCACCACAGAGAGUUCCAGGAUAGAAGCCCAUCGCUUUUUUUGUGUUUUACAAAACUGAUGACUGAGAACAUUCAUCCAAAUGCCUGCCACGUCAAAGGCCGUUUAUUCCGUGAGCAACAGCGGACGCUCUAUUCAAUGAAUUACAUUGAUAAGUGCUGGGAGAUCUAUCUCGCUUACUGCAGACCACACACAGCUCCGCCCCACGAGCCAACAAUGAAGAUGAGACACUUCCUCUGGAUGUUGAAAGAUUUUAAAAUGAUAAACAAAGAAUUAACACCAACCAAAUUUGUGGAGGUAAUAGCAGAGGAUAAUCCUUUCAUAUCUGAUGGAAUUGACAGCAAUUUUGAACUUGAGUUGGUUUUCCUGGAAUUCUUUGAAGCCCUCUUAAGCUUUGCACUCAUCUGUGUUACUGACGAAAUGACCAAAUCGUGUGUGAAUGUUCCAAAUGAUGAUUUGUCUGGAAACAAAUAUUCAAAUAUUUACACAGCAACAAAUCAGGGCACCCAGAACUGGAGUCCAAGUGCGGUUACAAGCCACGAAUCUGAUCACUGUGGCAGUGCCAAGUCAUCUUCCAGCAAGUUGGGACUCUGGCCUGAUAUUAACAAAAUAAGGAAAUCAGAGGUCGGGAAGUCUCUAAGUGAUGAGAAAGUUUCCAGAAUCAGUUUUAAAUCUGCAGCAAAAGGGCUAACCUUUCUUCUCCUUCAAAAUGAGAAAUGUGAAAAACCCAAGGAUGAACAAAAGGAGAAACUCAAUAUGUGGGUCGAUAACAUGUAUGUCUUUUUCGUGAACAUGCUCUUUAAUGCCUAUAAGCAUGAAGAGACUCUGAAGGAGAAAGUAAAGGAAAACAAGCUACGUAAUGCAGCAAUGGCUCAGCAGAAGAAAACUGAAAACGAUGAGCUAGAAGCAAGGCUGAGUAUCUUAAGAGAGGAAGAGGCCAAAAGACAAGACUACGAGGUGGACAUCACUGUGAUCAAGGAACCAGUGGAUGCCCCAUCUUCUAGCCUGACACUGAGCCCCCCCAAAGAGGAUCCAGCCAUGUCCCCCAGCAAAUCCACCACAAGCAAGAAAAGAAAAAAGUAAAGGGC